AUGAUAGUUCUUCUUGGACCAGGUUUUGUUUUAAAUGAACCACAAGUUUAUGGAAGAGACAAAGAAAAGGAUGACAUAGUGAAAAUCCUGAUAAACAAUGUUAGCGAUGCCCGAACACUUUCAGUCCUCCCAAUACUUGGUAUGGGGGGACUAGGAAAGACGACUCUUGCCCAAAUGGUCUUCAAUGAUCAGAGAGUAACCGAACAUUUCCAUCCCAAAAUAUGGGUUUGUGUCUCGGAUGAUUUUGAUGAGAAGAGGUUAAUAAAGGAAAUUGUAGAAUCUAUUGAAGGAAGGCCACUACUUGACGAUGUUUGGAAUGAAGAUCAAGAUAAGUGGGCUAAGUUAAGACAAGUCUUGAAGGUUGGAGCAAGUGGUGCUUCUGUUCUUACCACUACUCGUCUUGAAAAGGUUGGAUCAAUUAUGGGAACAUUGCAACCAUAUGAAUUGUCAAAUUUGUCUCAAGAAGAUUGUUGGUUGUUGUUCAUGCAACGUGCAUUUGGGCACCAAGAAGAAAUAAAUCUUAAUCUUGUGGCUAUCGGAAAGGAGAUUGUGAAAAAAUGUGGUGGUGUGCCUCUAGCAGCUAAAACUCUUGGAGGUAUUUUGUGCUUCAAGAGAGAAGAAAGACAGUGGGAACAUGUCAGAGAUAGUGAGAUUUGGAAAUUGCCUCAAGAAGAAAGUUCUAUUCUGCCUGCCCUGAGACUUAGUUACCAUCACCUUCCACUUGAUUUGAGACAAUGCUUUGCAUAUUGUGCAGUACUCCCAAAGGAUACCGAAAUGGAAAAGGAAAAUCUAAUCUCUCUCUGGAUGGCACAUGGUUUUCUUUUAUCGAAAGGAAACUUGGAGCUAGAGGUUGUAGGUAAUGAAGUAUGGAAUGAAUUAUACUUGAGGUCUUUCUUCCAAGAGAUUGAAGUUAAAUCUGGUAAAACUUAUUUCAAGAUGCAUGAUCUCAUCCAUGAUCUGGCUACAUCUCUGUUUACGGCAAGCGCAUCAAGCAACAAUAUCCGUGAAAUAAGUGUAAAAGGUUACCCACAUAUGAUGUCGAUUGGUUUCACAAAAGUGGUGUCUUCUUACUCUCGUUCUCACUUGCAAAAGUUUGUCUCGUUGAGGGUGCUUAACCUAACUUACAUAGGGCCGAAGCAGUUACCGUCUUCCAUUGGAGAUCUAGUACAUUUAAGAUACUUGAACCUGUCUAGCAAUGAUAGAAUUAGUAGUCUUCCAAAGCAGUUAUGCAAGCUUCAAAAUCUGCAGACUCUUGAUCUACAUGACUGCUGGUCACUUUCUUGUUUGCCAAAAGAAAAAAGUAAACUUGGUAGUCUCCGAAAUCUUUUACUUGAUAGUUGCUAUGGAUUGACUUGUAUGCCACCAAGGAUAGGAUCUUUGACAUGCCUUAAGACUCUUGGUUGCUUUGCAGUGGGAAGGAAGAAAAGUUGUCAACUUGGUGAAUUACGAAACCUGAAUCUCUAUGGCUCAAUUGAAAUCACGCAUCUUGAGAGAGUGAAGAAUGAUAUGGAUGCAAAAGAAGCCAAUUUAUCUGCAAAAGAAAAUCUGCAUUCUUUAAGCAUGAAAUGGGAUGACGAUGAACGUCCACAUAGAUAUGAAUCAGAAGAAGUUGAAGUGCUUGAAGCCCUCAAACCACACUCCAAUCUGACUUGUUUAACAAUCAGUGACUUCAGAGGAAUCCGUUUCCCAGACUGGAUGAAUCACUCUGUUUUGAAAAAAUGUUGUCUCUAUUGUAAUCUUCCGUUGCAAAAAACUGCUCAUGCUUACCACCCUUUGGAGAGCUGCCUAGUCUAA